AUGGAGGAAUCCAGCACAGCAUCCAUGGGCGACAUCACUGAUGUGGGUCUCGAACAAGCUCGCGUCUUUUUGGAACAGAACACGGUGCCUAACGGAUUUAUUUAUCUUGUAAAUGGCAGACGUUGGGAUGGGCCAUGCGUUUUCCAGUCUUUCCAGACAUCGGAGAACUUUUGGUCUCCAGAACGAUUUUGUGCGAAACCGACGGAAAUUUACAGCGCUCCUCAAUCCACCAUCGUACUGGCAACGUCAUUUCGGCAACUUAAUCCUUUGACGCAAUUCUUCAAGUCGUCUGACAAUGAGUCGACAUUUCUCCUAGGAGAGGGUACCUUCAGGUGUCAAUGGAUUUAUUCGACACUUAACCGAAAUCGCUUAUGCAAAAGCUUAAAGGAACUACCUCAAAACACCAAAGAACAGGUGUUGUAAAUUUUACAAGGUGGCCAGGGAGUGCCUCACUUUGAUGUGAAAAUUUUUUCGCCAGGUAUUUCUAGUUUCUUUCACUGGGCUUUUGGUGUCAUAGAACCAGAUUGCGGGGCCAUUGAAGUUGACUCUGAAACAUCACAUCUCUUCAUCCCUAAAUAUCCAGAGGCUUAUGCAGUAUGGAUGGGAAAGAUAUUUGAUUGUGAACAUUAUAAGCAAAAGUAUGGAGUUGAUCAUAUGGGAAUUAUUCUAGAAAAUGCUAAAGCAGAAAUGGUGCCUCACAUUAGUAAGUCUUGAAAAUCCAGUUUAAUUUAACAAAAUUAUAAAUCUGUUGCAAAUGAACUUUAGAAAGGAAUGAACACGGAUAGUAAACUAUGGACCCGUGAAGCCGUAUUUGAAGGAAUGAGCAAGUUCAAGAUCGAUAAUGAGCUGCCAGUCCUAUUUGCUUGUUUCAUUAAUCGCGUGGAUCAAGACCCCUAUGGAACUGAUGUUUUGCGCUAUGCUAAUAAGAUUUCUUCUGCCGCCCACGUUGCUGUCAUGAAGGCUGUACGUCCAGGAAUGAAGGAGUAUCAAUGCGAAUCCGUUUUCCUUCAUCACGCCUAUUUUCAUGGUGGACGCCGGCACGUCUCAUAUACCCGCAUAUGCGAUCGUGGGGAAAAUGGACGCAUACUUCACUACGGCCAUGCCGGAGCCCCAAACGACAAGGCCAUUCGCGAUGGCGACAUGUGCCUGUUUGAUAUGGGAGCAGAGUACUACUGUUUUGCUUCUGAUAUCACUUGUUCAUCGGCCAAUGGGAAAUUCUUACAAAAACGCCAAAAAGGAAUCUACAAUGCUGUACUGGAAGCGAGUCGGGCUGUAAUUCUGGUAUUAAACCUGUGUCAUUGGAUUGAUAUGCAUUUGCUGGCCACGAGUGAUGUUGGCGUGAAUUUGAAGGAGUACGGGGUUUCAAACGGAGAUGUCGACGACAUGAUCCGAAGCAUCUUCAACCCUCACGGUCUUGGUCAUUGGUAUCGGUCCUUGGACGUUCAUGAUGUUGGUGGAUAUCUGGAGGGCCAUCCUGCUCAACCAGAGAAAGCUGGCUUAAAAAGUUUCUUAUGAACUGCACGCGUUCUUCAGCCAGGAAUGUAUUGACUGGUUGAACCUGGAUGUUACUUCAUCGACAAAUUGUUGGAUCUAUUAGAAGAUCAAGAGCUUCUGAAGCUCUUGAUUAGAGACGUCGUAGAUGAACAUAGACUUGAUGGAGUUCGUAUUGAUGACGAUAUCGUCGUCACUGUGACGGGAGUCGAAGUAAUGACUGAAGUCCCAAGGCGGUGGCGCACAUCCUGA